AUGCUAUCAGGUGGUGGUGGUGAUGGUGGUGGUGGUGGUGGUGGUGGUGGUGGUGGUGAUGGUGGUGGUGGUGGUGGUGGUGGUGGUGGUGGUGGAAACGGGCGGUGGCCUUCCUUCGCUCUACCGCCAACCUCCUCCCCGCAACUUUCCGUAACACUCGCAUCACAUGCUCGCUCUCUCUUUCUCUCUCAACGUCUGCACCUCCCUCGGCCCUCCCCCCUGCACUUGAACACAGAGCUGCGUUCCCCAGUGGCAUAUCAGUGUGGCCCCACCAUCCAGACAUGUUACUCCUCAGGUUGUGACUCGUCUCGUUUGUACAAUUAG